CAGGAGGCGCCGCCGCGGGAGCGCGCUCACAGACAGCAGCGGGAGCGAGCAGCGAGGAGCGUGGUGUCAGAUCUUCAUGUUAUUCCUCUGAAUCUGAUAUAAAUCACGCGCAGAAUGAUCGCAGCGCGCCGCGUCGCGUCAGUAGCGUCGUGUUUUCAUCGCUCUUCACAGCCGAAGAUCACGAAUAUGUUCAAUAAUAAAACAACAGAGACGCAGACGCUCACAAAAACAGCUCGAAACUACACAAACAUCAGCCACAGACCACGCCCGGAGCAGGAGUUGGACGUGGCUCUGCUGGUGUCGCUGCUGAAGCAGGAGAACGCCUCGGACAUCUGCGUGAUCCGCGUGUCUCCGGAGCUCAGAUACACCGAGCACAUGAUCAUCGUGAGCGGAUCCUCGCCUCGACACCUCAGCGCCAUCGCAGCGCUCCUGCUCCGAGCGGUACCACACUCCUUUAAGCUCCAGCGGAAGGACGAGGAGCCGCACGCUCGUCUGGAGGGAAGACACUGUGACGACUGGAAGUGCAUCGACUUCGGGCCGAUGGUGCUUCACCUCAUGCUGCCGGACACCAGAGAGACGUAUGAGCUGGAGAAGCUGUGGACGCUGCGCUCGUACGACGAACAGCUGAUGCGCAUCCCGCCGGAAACACUGCCCUCAGACUUCAUCUACGAUAUCUCUCACACACACACACACACACACACGCCUGAGCGACCGAAGCUGGUCUGAGUCUGAUGAUGCCACACACUGAUGAUGAAUGGAAAUGCUGGAGAAAAAUCUACAGCGACUUUAAAUAUUUAAAAAGGACAAAUCAUCAGAAAUACACUGCUUUGAGCUGCUAGUUUUGAAUAAAAUGAAUUCACGAAUA